CUUUAAUGCACAUUCUGUGUGUGUGUUUCUUUUUCUUUUAUUUGCACCGCUUAUAGGCUUAUUGUACUGAUAUAUCACGGCCGUUUGAUUGAGAAUCAGAGCCCGCGUGGGACCGUCUACGGUCAUAGAGCUGGGUUGCAACGCGUCGAGGUCCCUGGAGCGCUGCGUCCCCUGCUCUCGCAAAAGGAACAAGGUUCGCAACCAGGGGGGCAGUGGAGCCGGGCAUGCCGCUCAGGACGAGGACGCCAUGAGUGGGAACAGCCUCUCCCCGGGAGCCAUGUCCGCCACUGGAUCAGGACGUGUGAAGGUGUCGCUGGGUCAGGGCCGGUCACUGAUGGACUGGAUCCGGCUGACCCACGCAAACCCGAAUCUCUCUGGUGUUGGUGGGAAAGUGCUGGACGUGAACCCCGAAGAGCUGGCCAGGCACAGUCGGAGGGACGACGCGUGGAUCUGCCUCAAAGGGAGGGUGUACAAUGUGACACCGUACAUGGAGUUCCAUCCUGGUGGAGAGGAAGAGCUGAUGAGGGGCGUUGGAAAGGAUGCCACUGACCUCUUCAUACAGGUGCACAAGUGGGUGAAUUUCGAGUCCAUGUUGGAAAAGUGUCUUGUUGGGAGGCUUGUGGGUCCGCCUGCCAAUUCCAUACGGAAAUCUAGCUUUGUGGUGCCGAGGAUACCAUUUUUCAAGAGACUACAACGAAGCGACACUGGUGUUUCUGAAGAUAAUCCGGAUUUAAGUGAAGAGAUGUCAUCAAGGCCUUCUAUGAGCUACGAGUGGUCGCAGGACGACUCUACGGUCACGAUAGUGGUACAGUGCAAGGGUGACUAUGCAAUUGAGGACGACAAGGUGGGCACGGACUUGUCCGGCAAGAAGCUGAGGAUACGGGUACGGGUCUCCAAGUUCCUCUAUCUAGUACAUAUCGAAUUGCAAGAAUCGGUAUACUGCAACUAUAAUGUGCAAGUGAAGUGCAAGUUAAAAUGCAUAGAGCUGCGGCUGGUCAAGGAGAAGUCGGGCCUGUCCUGGUCCAGCCUGGGGACAUCCCUGCCUGGCCACAACCAAGUGGUGCCUUUGAAGAGUGCAGAGAGCUUUUCCAGAACCUGCACGCUGGUGGACAAGAGCAGCGUCACGCACGACGUCUUCCUCUUCACGUUUGCACUGCCGUCGGGGUCCCUGCUGUGGGUUCCCAUCGGGCACCACAUCUCCCUCGAGCACGACGUCAGAGGGAUGAAGAUCUCCCGGAGCUACACGCCCGUCAUUCCUGCCCUGAAGGCCAACCAGGGAAGGAGUGACGGGAAGACCGUUCAUUUGAUGAUCAAGGCAUAUCCUGAGGGAGCGCUAACACCGGUGCUGAAAGCGCUGCAAAUCGGCGACACGGUGGAGAUGAAGGACACGGAGGGAGACUUCGAGAUGGCUCUGCUCCACAAGUGCCACACCCUGGUCCUCUUGGCGGCCGGCACCGGGUUCACACCCAUGGUCCGCCUCCUCCACUGGGCGCUCUUCGUCUCCAAGCAAGUGGAUGUGAAGCUGAUGACAUUUAACAAGACAGUCAAGGAUAUUAUUUGGAAGGAGGAGCUCGACCACCUGCUACAGGAGCACAACCGGCUUCGGGUGGAGCACGUUCUCUCCGAGCCCGACGACAGCUGGGAGGGUGCAAGGGGCAGGGUGCGGAGCCAUCUGCUGCAGGGCUUCGUCCCCAGUGAGGACCCGCGCCAACCACUCCUCAUCUGCGUCUGCGGACCCUUGCCCUUCACGAAGGCUGCCCUCAAGUGUCUGGAGGACAUGGAGUACUCCCCCGAGACGGUUCACGCGUUCCUCGGCUGACCGUCCCCCAGAGCUGGAUCCGAGCGCCUGCGGCCCUCCAUGAGGAGGGCGCUUUCUCUGUGCCACACCCCCGCUGUUGGAAAGGACCUCCUAGCUGCUAACAAAUUUUUGUACAUUGCAUAGCCGGCCUUUGGACCCCUGUAAUAGGCUCGCAAUGGCUCGAAAAUAUAUUUCCACAAUGGUUUUGUUUUCAGAAA